UGUAGUGCUUAAAAAUUACCAGCAUAUCCUGACCUUGGCAUUUGCAGUAAAGGAGAUCAACAAAACCCCUCAGAUCUUACCCAAUCUCACCGUGGGUUUCCGCAUUUAUGACAGCUAUUUCAAUGCACAGCGGACAUAUCAUGCCACCAUGCUUCUUAUAUCAUCUUUUGAGAGAUUUGUCCCCAACUAUUCAUGUGAUACUCAGAAUAACAUUAUAGCAGUCAUUGGCGGUCUUGAUGCCGAAACCUCCCUUCAUGUUGCAACUCUUUUAGAUACUUACAAAAUUCCUCAGCUAAUUUAUAGUCCUGCUCCUGAAAGAAAUAAUGAAGCCCAAGGCCUUUCUUACUACCAGAUGAUUCCCAGGGAAGACCUUCAGUAUGAGGGGAUUCUCGCUUUGCUUCUGUUUUUCAGAUGGACAUGGGUUGGAGUCAUUGUGAUGGAUAAUGACAAUGGAGAAAGAGUCCUACAAACAAUUGUUCCACUGUAUUCCCAAAGUGGUGUUUGUUUUGGCCUCAUUGAAAGAAUCCCUACACUAAGAUAUGUUACUGCAUUUGAUAAAAUGAUGGCACAAGGAGAAAAGAUACGCCACAAACUAGUGCAGACAAAAGCAAAUGCCAUUGUGGCCUAUGGAGAAUCUUAUUCUAUGGCAUAUUUUAGAUGGCUUACAAUUUUAAUGGAGAACCAAACACUACAAGGAAAAGUAUGGAUAAUGACAGUUCAGGUAGAACAAAUUUCAUUCAUCUAUCAAAAGGACUGGAAUGCAGAAUUGUUCCAUGGUUCCUUAGCUUUCACAAUUCAUGUCAAUUACAUACCAGGAUUUCAUCAAUUUCUUGAGAGUCAAAAUCCUUUUCAUGUACCUGAAGAUGAUUUCAUAAAGACCUUCUGGGAAGUUGCCUUCAACUGUAGGCUCCCAAAUACAGAUGAAGGUGAUGAGGGGAAGAACAUUUGUUCAGGGAAGAAGAAGCUGGAGAGCCUUCCUGCCUCACUGUUUGAAAUGAGCAUGACCGGCCAUAGUUACAGCAUCUACAAUGCCGUCUAUGCUGUAGCUCAUGCUCUGCAAGACAGGUCCUUAUUCAGACCCAAAGACAACAUAACGGUGGGCAAAGGAAAAUGGAAGGGACAACAUCAAGAGUUUUGGCAGGUACAUCCUGUCUCUCUCUGCAGUGAGAGUUGCACUCCAGGUUCCAGGAAGAAAUUGAGGGAGGGCCAGCCAUUUUGUUGCUAUGAUUGCAUCCCAUGUCCUCAAGGGAAGAUUUCAAGCAAAAAGGAUAUGAAUGACUGUUAUAAAUGUGCAGAUGAAAACUAUCCAAGCAAGACCCAGGAUUUCUGCAUUCCAAAAACUGUAGCCUUCCUUUCUUACGAAGAACCUUUGGGUCUUUGUUUAGGGUUCUUUGCUGUUUCCUUUGCUCUGAUUACAGCCUCCACGCAUGGAAUAUUUUUGAAGCACCACAAGACUCCCAUUGUCAUAGCCAACAACAGGGACCUCACCUACGCUCUCCUCAUCUCCCUCCUGUUCUGCUUUCUAUCCGCUUUGCUUUUUAUUGACCAGCCUGGGAAGGUCUCGUGUCUCCUCUGUCAAGCCACUUUUGGUAUAAUCUUCUCAGUGGCUGUUUCUUGUGUGCUGGCAAAAACCAUCGUCGUCAAUCUGGCUUUCCUGGCCACCAAACCAGGAUCCGUAUUGAGAAAAUGGGUGGGGAAAAGACUUGCCAAUUUCAUUGUUCUUUUCUGCUCCCUUAUUCAGAUAGGUAUUUGCACUUUGUGGCUGUCAACCUCUCCCCCCUUCCCAGAUGUUGACAUGCACUCAAUGGAGGAUCAAAUUGUUCUGGAAUGUAAUCAAGGUUCUGUGACUAUGUUUUAUUGUGUGCUGAGCUAUCUGGGCUUUUUGGCCAUGGUGAGUUUCACCAUGGCCUUUUUUGCCAGGAAGUUACCAGACACUUUUAAUGAAGCCAAGUUUAUCACAUUCAGUAUGUUGGGUCAGCUUGUGAACUAG